CACGCACGUGCGCGCAUGCACGGCCACACACAUUUUCAAGGAAUUAACUGCAUUUUCAAGGCAGGCGGCACCUAUCAAGUUUAAAAUAGUGUCAACAAGGGGUGUUUGCAAUGCCACGACUUUUUUGGUUACUGAUUUUAUUGAACAUGUGACUGAAUUAGAGGCUCACAUGGCUGCGGUGGCUGCAUGAUCCGCUUUACUUUUUUAAAGUCCGGUGAUCGGUAGCUCCCUCGGCAGCGACCAUCCAGAGCAGAGGACCGCUGAAAAAAACAGCGCCUACCCGGACAAAUCAUGGCGAACAGCGGGCAGAAAGUUGUGCUGAUCACCGGCUGCUCCUCCGGCAUCGGGUUACGAAUCGCCGUCACGCUGGCCAAAGAUGAAAAGAAGCGUUACCAUGUCAUUGCCACGAUGCGGGACCUGAAGAAGAAGGACAAACUGGUGGAGGCAGCAGGAGAUGCAUAUGGAAAGACCUUGAUGUUACUUCCACUAGACGUGUGCAGUGACGAGUCAGUCAAACAAUGCAUCAACAAUGUCAAGGACCGCCAUAUUGAUAUCCUGAUCAACAAUGCAGGCGUGGGCUUGCUUGGACCUGUGGAAAGCAUCAGCAUCGAGGAGAUGAAAAGAGUAUUUGAGACCAAUUUCUUUGGUGUUGUUCGCAUGAUCAAAGAAGUGAUGCCAGACAUGAAGAGGAGGCGCUCCGGACACAUCGUGGUCAUGAGCAGUGUCAUGGGUCUUCAGGGAGUGGUGUUCAAUGAUGUUUACACUGCCUCUAAGUUUGCCAUGGAAGGUUUCUGUGAGAGUAUGGCUGUGCAACUGAUGAAGUUUAAUAUCCGGUUGUCCAUGAUUGAGCCUGGCCCAGUGCACACUGAGUUCGAAACAAAGAUGAUGGAGGAUGUGGCCAAAAUGGAGUAUCCAGGAGUCGAUGCCGAUACAGUUCGUUAUUUUAAAGAUGUUUACCUGCCAUCAUCCAUAGAUAUAUUUGAAGCCAUGGGCCAGACGCCAGAGGACAUAGCCAAAUGCACUAAAAAGGUUAUUGAGUCAAACAGCCCUCGCUUCAGGAAUCUCACCAACAGCCUCUACACACCCAUUGUGGCCUUAAAGUACGCAGAUGAGACUGGUGGCCUGUCUGUCAACACCUUCUACAACCUACUCUUUAAUUUCGGCCCUCUCAUGCACAUCACCAUGAGCAUCCUCAAGUGCCUGACAUGCAGCUGCCUGCGUAGACGUACUGUCUCACCUAACUGAAGAGGGUGUCCAAUCCUGGCCCCCCACCCAGUUUCUACUGCCUUUUCCAGGGGUGUUGGGUGAAGAAGGUAGACUAGAGCCAGUAACUCUGGAGCGAGGAGGUGCCUUUUAGUUCAAAGACACUACCAUGAUAAGCUUGGCCAGACGACAUGCACAAUUGCACAAGUUUGUCAGAGGGUAAAUGUAUGCAGGAUGACCUCAUGCACACACACAGGAACAUACACACACACACACACACACACACACACACACACACACGCACACAGAAAUAUAAGCAACAUACACAUUGGAUUAUUACACAUAUACUAUAAGGCUAAGGGUAUGCCUUAGUCUGAUAUAGUGUGUUUAUAUAGUGGUUAGAUGUCUAUAUUGUUUGAUUGAGAACACAGAGAUGUAUGAGAUAUGAGCCCCAUGGAAAAACAACAAAGCACAAAAAGAACAGAGAAAAAAAUAAUGCUAUCACUUGUAGCCUAGAUAACUAUAGGCCCUCAAGAGUUAUAUCAUGUAUGACAGAGACAGAAAGAAUAUAUCUGCUUUGGUGUUGUACCCUUAAUUUCCCGUUUUUCUUACCAUAGUGUUCUCAUGGUCAUAACUGCUGUUAAAAUCAUAUUUUUAAUCUUUUGAUAAACUGAAUGUUUUUCAAGAUUUGUGAAAGGGUGGGUCAGAUAUUUUUAAUCUAGCAUCUUGAUUGAAAAAUAAACAGAGUUCUGAUUUACCCUCGAAUGUAAUUUUUUAAUCAAAAUGUGAUCACUUUGACAAGUAUGUUUUCAUGAUAGUUUAAAGGUUUUUUUAAUUGCUGCGGCUCAUUUAUUUUCUUUUAGUCUUUAGUUUACAACAACAUCACAUCUUAUAUUUAGUGAAUAUGCGCAUAUGUGUGACUGAUUCUGACUGUUGAAUUUGCAUGUCAUAACACAACCAGUGAUAAAAUGUUUCUAAAUUGUGAAGAGUAUGACAAUUUAACUGAGAAUUAGCUCUUCAGUUUUGAUCAACAAUGCACUGAGUUGCAGACAAUUGUAUACUAUUUUGCACACUUGGAACAAAUGCAGUUUGCUUGAAUGAAUGAGUCAAACAAACUUAUUGUUGGAAGAUUUGAACUUGAAAGAAAAGAGCAAAAGCAAACGAUAAAAAUGUCUUGCUCUCAGUCUGCUAGACUACCUGGGUACCAAGAGGGGGCAGUAUUUCACUGCUUUUUUUCCCUGGCAGCCAACCUGUGGAUUUCAGGGGACCAGGAGCAAGCAGAGCCGGAGAUGUAGUGUAAAGUAAUUUGUCCUAAGUAGCCUGAGAUAGAGAGUGUAAUACAAUUGAAUAAUUAAAAUCUCCCCAAUACUG